AUGUCCAGGACACUGCGUCUCCAAUCCCCAAUUGGAGCUCCUGCCCCUCUCCCUCUGGCUCCAGUUGCCGCCUAUCCCGCUCUGGUCAAGGUUGACCAUCCUGAUGCCUACACAGGCAAAAUAGGGAGCAAGGCUAAACAGUGGCUGACCAGGAUGCUGGCCUGGACCCGCCUCAACUUGCAAAUGUUCCCCACCAAUCAGGAGGUAUUAUCUUUCCUCCUGAUGAACACAAAGGACUCUGCCAGGGCCUGGGCCCAUCCUCACCUCAACCAGCUUGGAUCACACCAGGCCAUCAUUCAAAUGGUUGAAGGGUUCAAGUUGGAGUUCCUGGCAGCUUUUGGCAACCCUGACGCCACUAGGGCCGCUGAGCAGAAGAUCACCACCCUCACCCAGUCUGGCACGUGCGCGGACUACAUUACAAAGUUCAGGACCCUAGCAAUGGAACUGGACUGGAACAACACGGCCCUCCAAGGCCACCGCCAAAUUGCAACCUGCAAACACCAACCCUGCACCCUCCUUGAGCUGCAGAAUGCAGCACUUGUCAUCAAUAACGCUCUCUGCAAAGAGCGUGCUAGCCACCCACCAAGGGACAGUAAGCCUAGCAAACAAUCCAAUCCCACAAGUGGGACAAGUACCGGUCAGUCAAACACCAGUUCAAAGAAGCUCUCCAACAAUCCCAACUUUGUGUCAGAGGAAGAACAAAAUUGCUGCUGCACCGCUGGCGCCUGCAUCAAAUGCAGCAAAAUGGGUCAUAAGUUUGCGGAAUGCCGCACAGGCUGGAAAGCCACCCCUAUUGAGGAAAAGGGGAAGGCAAAGGAGUCCGCCAAAAUUGGCAAAGAAUCUGGACCCAACUUGGGAAAAGAUUAA